AUGACUGGCCAAGAAGCUGCAGGGUUGGUCAGCUCCUUCAAUGAUGAGAUUGGUAUAACUGGUGCUAUACUGACAAAACUGGAUGGUGACUCAAGAGGUGGAGCAGCAUUGAGUGUUAAAGAGGUGUCUGGAAAGCCAAUUAAAUUUGUAGGACAAGGAGGCGUAUUGAAGAUCUUGAGCCUUUCUACCCAGAUCGUAUGGCACAGCGUAUCCUGGGAAUGGGAGAUGUACUUUCAUUUGUUGAAAAAAGCACAAGAAGUGAUGUGUCAAGAAGAUGCUGAGGAAUUACAGAAGAAGAUCUUGAGUGCAAAAUUUAACUUUAACGACUUUCUGAAGCAAACACAAAUGAUUGCACAAAUGGGUUCAUUCAGUCGUUUUAAUUGGCAUGAUUCGGGCAUGAACAAGGUUACCCCUGCACAAAUCCGUGAAGCUGAGAAGAAUCUCAAGUUUAUGGAGUCAGUGAUCAAUGUAAUGACUCUCGAGGAAAGGGAAAGGCCAGAGUUACUUGCUGAAUCACGCGAGAGAAGGAAACGAGUGGCCAAGGACUCUGGAAAAACCGAACAGCAGGUGAGCCAAUUGGUUGCACAACUCUUCCAAAUGCGUGCAAAAAUGCAGAAAAUGAUGGGCGCUAUACAAGGAAAAGAGUCGCCAGAUAUGGACGAGCUCAUGGAAUCAAUGAAAGCUGAGGAGCAGGCUGCUGCCGGUACUGGACGACGUAGAAGGAAGUAUGGCAACCUGAGGCAGCGGCAACUGGAUGCAAUGCGUGGUUUCCGCAGACGGGAUUUGGCUCGGAUUCAGAAGUGGAAAAUGAAGUGCUUUCGGGAAAUUAGAAUGUCAUCUGGAUAUCCUACUCUGGCUAGUCGUGUGCAGCCUUUCUAUUUUGCCAUACUGGACGUAUGCCAAAGUAAAAUUCACCUAAUUGCACCAUCUGAAUGA